UUGAUCUCGAGCAGCGAUAAAUACCCCACCCAGGGACCUAGGGUUCCAUUGCCAGCGUUGCUCUUUAGGUUUUGGAAGCGGGGUUGCUCCUUUAUUAUUUCUUCUAGGGUUUUUGAUCCCAAUUCAAGAUCCGGAGAUGCCUCCUCGAGCGGUGAAGAAGGGGUCGGGCGGGUCGGCGUCUGCGAGGAAGACGGCGGCGAGGACGGCGAAGGGGACGCCGAAAUCGCAGAGCCAGGCCGCGCCGGUCGAGGAGGUGCCCAAGGUCGAGGAGAUCUCGGUUUCCGUCGUGGAGGAGAAGGAGGAGUUCGCUGAGGAGAAGUCGGAGGAGAAGUCCGUGAUGCUGGAUUCUAAAUUGAACGGCUCUGUUGAUGUUGAAUAUGAAGAGGAUUUGAAGGACUCUUAUGAGGAAGAGGAUAAAGGUGAACGGCUAGAGUUGGAGGACAAUGAGCCAGAAUAUGAACCUGAAGAUGAUACUGCUGUAGACUAUGAUGAGAAGGAUUUGGAGCAUGAUGAUGGACAGGAAGAGGAAGGGGAUGAAAUUGAGGAGGUUGUUGAGGAAGAUGAUGUGGUUGAAGAAGAAGAAGCUAAUAUGGCAGAUGAGGAGAUGGAGGAUGGUGGAGAGGACAUUGAGGGUGAAGGGGAUGACGGGGAUGCUGAGGGAGAUCACGAGGUUGAUGCAGAGGAAGAAGAGCACCAUGAUGUAGUCAAGGAGCACCAAAAGCGUAAGGAGUUUGAAGUAUUUGUUGGAGGUCUAGAUAAAGAUGCGACUGAAGAUGAUCUCAGGAAAGUCUUUAGCGUAGUUGGUGAGGUUACUGAAGUUCGACUUAUGAUGAAUCCUCAGACAAAGAAAAACAAAGGCUUUGCAUUUUUGCGUUUUGCAACUGUAGAGCAAGCUAAACGUGCUGUUUCAGAGCUCAAGAAUCCAGUGGUGCAUGGUAAACAAUGUGGUGUUGCCCCAAGUCAAGACAGCGACACACUUUUUCUGGGCAAUAUAUGUAAAACAUGGACAAAGGAACAUUUGAAGGAGAAACUGAAGAGCUAUGGAAUUGAAAAUGUCGAAGAUUUGACGCUGGUCGAAGAUUCAAACAAUGAAGGGAUGAAUCGUGGGUUUGCAUUCUUAGAGUUUUCAUCUCGCGCGGAUGCAAUGGAUGCUUAUAGGCGCUUGCAGAAGAGAGAUGUGGUAUUUGGAGUUGACCGAACUGCUAAAGUUGCUUUUGCAGAUUCUUUCAUUGAACCAGAUGACGAAAUCAUGGCACAGGUUAAAACUGUUUUUGUUGAUGGCUUGCCUGCUUCAUGGGAUGAAGAUCGUGUUAAGGAGUACCUCAAGAAAUAUGGAGUAAUUGAGAAAAUUGAACUUGCUCGAAAUAUGCCAUCUGCUAAAAGAAAGGAUUUUGGAUUUGUUACUUUUGAUACCCAUGAUAAUGCUGUAGCAUGUGCCGAAGGCAUCAACAAUGCAGAACUAGGUGAAGGUGAUAACAAGGUGAAAGUUAGGGCUAGAUUGUCGAGGCCCCAUCAAAAAAGUAGAGUGAAACGUGGUCUUCGAGGAAAUUUUAGGAUUGGCCGUGGGGCUCCUCGAGGUGGUCGUGUGUCAUAUGGUCGUCCUCCACCUUAUAGGUUUCCAGCACGUCUGUCAAGACCAGUUGGUCGUGGGGCACCAAUUGGGGCUCGUGGAUUUAAGAGACCAAUGGGAUUUAGAGACAGGCGCCCUGUUAUGGCUGUGCCAGAGCGAACCAGGCGUUUGCCUCCCCCAGAGAGGUCAUACGAGAGGAGGCUACCAAUUCCUGCAUACCCCAAGAGUAGUGCAAAGAGGGAUUAUGGUAGGCGUGAUGAGCUGCCGCCGCCUCUUCCCAGAAGCAGAGCUGCUGCCGAGUAUGGGUCCCGGGUUCCCACUGAGAGGCGGUCAUCCUACAGAGAUGAUUAUCCUUCCCGUGGGUCAGCCUAUUCUGAUAUUGCGCCUCGUGGUGCUCCUCGAACUGCUGAUAGGCGGGCCUACAUUGAUGAUGGUUAUGGAAGAAAACUUGAACGACCUCUUCCAACCUACCGAGAAGGACGUAGUCGGGAUUAUGAUUCCAUUUCUGGUUCGAAACGUCCAUACUCAGAAUUGGAUGAUGCUCCUCGAUAUGCUGAUGUAAGCAUGCGUCAAUCAAGGGCUCGCUUGGAUUAUGGUGUUAGUGGUACUAGUGCUCAAUAUGGUGAUGCUUAUGGUGAUAGGCUUGGGCGAUCUCAUAUGAGUUAUGGCAGCAGCCGUACUUCUCUUUCUGGUCAGGAUGGGCUCUAUGGCAGUCGUCAAGGCAUGAGCUACGGAGGAGGUUCUGUUAGUGGCAGCGAUGUUGGUGACAUGUACUCAUCGAGCUUCAGCAGCAGCUACCUGUCACGGGGAUCCGAUGUUGGUGGUAGCUCUUAUUCAUCCCUUUAUUCUGGCCGUAGCUUGGGUGGCAGCGGAUACCUCGGUGGUAGUGGGUCAGGUUCAUACUACUAAGAUUUGACAUCACAGAAGGCUGAUGUAGGCUGUGGAUUGUAGGAAGCUUCUGGAUAUGAUGCCUACACGCUUGGAAAGAGGGCUUAAACCAAGCAACUCUGUUUGUCUGAGAGAAACCUUCAUGAGGUUGAGUUGAGAAGGAAUGGACUCUAAAGUUUGGUCAGGGCAGUAUCAGCAUAUGGAUAUCUAGCUUAAUUCUGUGUUUUGUAAGGGAACUUGACAUAUUGGGUCAGUACCAAGAUUAUCGAGAAAGCCGUAGUGUUGUAUGUAUGAACAUAUUUAUUUCUAUCGUAAGACAUCCAUGAGAUGGAAAUGAGGAUCUUAGAGUUUGAGGUACUAUAAAGAAUGCUACAAGCUUUUCUGGAUAAUUUUAUUAUGCCGUGAUUACUGGAUUAAAGCUUAUUUUUAAGAAGCUAGAAAUAUGUUAUUCUCGACAAUGAAAUCUCAGAGCAAGGAUCAGCAAGUGCUGAUUGAAAAAUUGGAAAGGCUCUCACAGGGAGAACAUGUUGGAUGAAUGUCUUGAUUACUUACAUUCACAUGCUAACCUAGCUAGUUCUUCAUAUUAUUUUGGAUUUAACACAUUCAUGCAAUCUCAGCUCGUCCUUGCGCUCUUGCAGCUGGUCCUUGAAGAUGUGAACACACAGCAUUUGGUUGGCCAGAAUGCAUAGGUUUAUAGUGGGGGCCUGGCUGGUUAUGUUCUUACAUUAACUAAUUAUAUAGAUCAGCAAGAAUGGAUAAUGGUAAAAGUGUGUGUGAAUAUUGUUGUAGGCAUAUGGUUCUAAAAGUGAUUUAUUUGUUAUUGAUAAUCCAUGUUUUGCAGCCAUAUGAUGGAAUCUAUUUGGUUUUCUCCACACAGCAAAUUGACAUGGUGUUUGUUAAUCAUAUACUGAAGUUUGAUUCUGCCGGGAAUCUGUAACCAUUGUUAUCUAAAGUUGUACAUGGGACUGGGAGUUGAGAAGUAAUUAGGAUAGAAACAUGAGGGCAUAGAACAUGAGUACAUAUCUGUUCAUGGAUAUGGAAUUUAACUGUCAAUUCAACUAUAUUGGUUUAAUUCGUUUUGUGCCUUCGUCGCUUCAUCUUGGAAAGGCUUAUUUUCUUACAAUCCAGACCCCCUAAAUGGAGAUUUAUAUGAGAUAUUUUAGUGGUACAUUGCUUUGAUUUGUGGAGUGAGCUUUAUUUGAUGUCUGUUACUAUAAAAAGUUCAAACGAUGGUUAAGGAAAUUUAUAGAAAUCUUGGAGGCAUGCAAGUCUUCCAACUGCACCUUAUCAACACCUAAAACUUCGGUGGUGGAUUACCAUAUUGUGAACAAAAUAGUUGUGGGGACCAGCAGCUGCAUCGAUAAACUUCAUAUUUAGGACUCAUUUCAUGAGUUCUUUCCCCAUUUGAGUGGAACAUGACAACACCAAUAAUCUGUUCUGUUUAUUUUUGAUUUUUUUUUUGGAGUUUACAUGUUGCAGUUUGGUGCUGUGGAGUUUAGCCUUUUGUAGAAAAUGUUUGUUGUAGGUUGUCUUGAGUCAUUUCUUUUCUCAAAAGUUUUUUGUGUAACAACUAACAAGUUACCCUCUUUUAUAUCCCUGCAUAAGGUAUAUUAAGUACCUUGUGUUUGAUUGAAAUGACUUAUGAUAGUAUGGAUUUUGUGCAGAAAUCAUGUGUUUGACAUUUCAGUCAUAUUACUUAUAGAAAAUGAUUACUGGACCCUAGCCUGUUUGAAAUGUUGAUAUGUUCUGAAGGAAUUACAAUCUGUCACUGAGUUACGUUUUACCAGUAAAUAUUGUUUCAAUAUUGAUGGCUGAAGGGUUUUGCUACACCCUGGAGGCAAUUGUGUGUUUAAACCUUAUCCUCGUGAGGCAUGUUGAAUUGGUAAUGGAUGCAACAUAGGCUCUAGAUGUUGGAGUGGAAAAGAUGAGGAUGGUUAUAAUAAAGUUUUCAAGUCAUUUUCAGAUGUAAGGGAGGGCAAAGAAGGAAGAUUUUGUGAGACUGCUUGGUAAAUGGGUCGAUUAUUCAGGAUGUUCCAUCAUUGCUCUGGGUCCUUCACUUCCAUUACAUCAAUGUGGAUUACCAUGAGAAAUAGCAUUAUAGCUUUUAAAAACAUUUUUAUUUCAUCUAAUCAGACAACAUGGAAUUGGAAUAUGAUAAUAUGGAUUUGAUGUUUAGCCAAUCACCGGAUGAUUAGCCUGGUGCCAAGGCCUAGUUGCUGGUGUGCUUCCAAGAUUCGUGUGUUCACAGCAAAGGGAAAGAUAAGGAAGAAGAGGAGAAAAGGUGGGAGAAACAAGAAAGAUAUUCUACUAUGAAUUUCGUUUUAGGUCUAACAUAAGAACAAACAUCAGUGCAGGUCUCCCUAUUUGUUAUCUGCCCGACGUCACUUGAAGAUAUCUUGGUUGUGUUGAUGUAUCAGUAUCAUUGUCUUACCUGCCUUUGGUACGAUCUACCGUGCACGCGGGCCAGAAAGUUUUAAUGUACACAACUGACUUGCCUGAACUAUUGACCUGAUAUAACUAGCAUGACUUUUUAUGCCACCUAUCCUUGCCUGGUUUUGCAGGCCUUGCACAGCUAAUAUUUGGGCAUUCAGUUUUGGCAACUGAUAAUGUUAUGUAAACAGUAACUUGAUGAUGAAGCUAGAGUUUAAGACUGAGACUUAUUGAUGUAUUUUGUGAUUUAUUCUUAGGGACGGAUAUUAUGAAGUUGCAAGUAUGCAAGUAUUAUUCAUUUACUGUAUUUUUAGGUCCUGUUUGGUUUGUGAUAAACCCAAAAUAAAUGCCAAGUUAAGGGUUUAUUUUAAUUUAGCAUGUAUAUAUUGGUCGAUGGGUUACAUAUCAUUUAACCCAAAUCAAACUAUUUAGCAAGCGGAGGCUGAAAAGCCUUAUUCAAGUCAUCGAGUGUUGGGUUUAUUUAUAUCAGUUUCUGAAGAAGUUAAGACUUUCUUGCUUUCAGGUAUAUUUAUAUAUAUACUGGCGAAGAAUUUUUGUUACCACCUGUAUAGUUUUAGAAAUGAUCUUUUGCAUAACUUUGACAUUGCAUUUUCAAGUACAUUUAUGUUAUAUUCUUCUGGUGAAUGUUUUGGUUCUGAGUGAAUGCUUUUGAAAAAUCUUUGGCAACAUUUCUUCAGGCAACUCUUUUAUCUUUUGUUUUGCUUUGGGUUGUGGUUGCACUUGUCAUCUUCAUUUCUUUUUCACCUGUGAGGUAAGAAUUAUCAGUGAAAAGUUAGUGUUAUUGUUGUCAGUGAAGCUUAAGCUUAGUUGGGAUAUUUAUUUUUUGUGAAAUUUAUUUUUUGUUCUUUUCUUAUCGUUUGCUGAAUCUCACAUGAUUGGUGGGUUCAUCAAACCUGUAAUUCCAUGUUAAGACCUUAUUCUUUGUUAAGUUGUUUAUUUCCCCUUAUUGAUUUGCAAAUAUUAUUCCGUAUCCAACUUUAUGACAACUCAACCAAUUGAAUGUUCAAAACCUACUUUCUUUUGGUGAUGUGUCUGAAAAAAAUUGUCAGACUUGUUUAUUUUGUGCUAUAUAGGGGUUGUUCAAUGAGUGCGGUAAGUUUGGCUUGAAACGUCUUGAAUAGUAUAUGAGUUGAGCUUGAGCUUGGCUGGCUUUAGCUCGAAAUAUAAAUAUGUAAAACAAUUUAUAUGUUAUGUAAUAUUUCUGCUGCUAUCUACACUACAAUUUUUUGUAUUAUUUGUAAUAAAGUAAUAGAGGCUGUGUAGAGUAUAAUGUAUUUCAAUAAUAAUAUCAAUACAUAAUUAAAAGUAUUAGCUUAAGCUAUAUGAAUAAAUGUAUUGAAAUACCUUGAGCCCUUACCAGUUUUCUUAAACAAGCUGUUCAUGAACAGUUUGAGUUUGGCUCCCAAUUAGAUGAGCUAUCUUGAGGAGAGCUCAGCUUGACUAUGAAACGGGCCAAGCUUGAGCCAGUGCUAGCUUGCUCCGUGUUCAGCUUUUUUGCACCUCUAACCUACCUUUGUAGGUUUCCAGGGAAGUCGGAUGUUAAUGUUGAAGGCUAUGGAGUUGUUUUGUUUCAUAGCUGGGAUUUUACCGGGUCAUGGGAACUUGAAAUGCUCAUCAGACUUGCAAAAAUGGAGCUGCUGUUGAACGUGUAGUAGCAGCACCACAGUCCUUUUUUUUUUUUUUUGUUUUUGUAAAGUUUCUCAGCUUUAUGGCUGGCGAUGCUGCUUCUUUGAGGUUACUUGCAAAUUUCGUUGGUGCGUGAGAUAGAACAGCAAACAAGAAAUUUUGUAGGGUCAAACUAACUAUUUGAUGGUAGGUUUGAUUUAUCUCCUGCUUUAUAGUUUUAACUUUUGGCUAAAAGUCGUGAUAUCUUGGUUGUGUGUAACCGUGUUGUAGAUGGUUAUUAGAUAAUUAUAUUUUAUUUCAUUUAUAAAAAUUUGACAGGCCAUCUAUCUGCUACAUUUUUACCAUGUAGGUCAGUUCAACACCUGGCUUGUUAGGCAUGCAUGCCUUUUCUUUUAACUAAAGUGUUAGAAGCGGUGAUGUUUCUAUCGUGUUUCAUAUUUUGACUAAAUGGAUUUGUUAUUUUCUACCAACUGCCUAUAAAAUUAGAUGUUUCAGACUUACUGGCAUUUAUUAAAAUAGUUUAAAAGGUGUUGAAUUGGCACAUGCAUGUACAGUCGUCAUGUCUGCAUGCACCAUACAGCUCCCUAUUUUGGGUCACCUGCAUAGGGAGUAGCUCCCCGAAGGGAAUGAUAUAUGGUGCAGCUUUGGUGCCUCACCUACAUAGGUGAGUAGCUCCAGCACCCUUGUCUGAAUUCCUUUUUUUUUAAAAAAAAUAGAGAAAAAAGAAGGAAAGUUGAGAUCAGGGACAGUUGCCAGAAGUCUUAGAGGAUGUGCUGAAAAUGGACCCUUUCAAUAAAGUUCUAAAGAUAGGACCUUGAGAGUUCAUGGUAAGUGUUAAAGAGUAUACAAUAAAGUACUAAAGACUGGACCUUAAGACCUAUAGUAAAUGUUAAAAGACAAGAUAUGUACGAUGGCAUAAAAUAUUUUAAACCACCACAUAAUACGCUUCUUUUUUAUCUUUUAGUUGGAUUAUUUGUUACUAACAAGGAUGGCAUGUGGUAUGUGGCAGAAUGAGUAAUGUUUGAACUUUGUUUCAAAUUACUGAUUUGUUUGAAGCUUCUGACUUGAAGUCCAAAGGCAUACAAAGUGAUGUUGCUAAUUUUGUUGGGUUGUUUGUGGCGGCGCUCUAAUUUGAUGUAUAUGAUUGAUCAUGAUGUUGUAAUUCUAUGUACCAGUCCAUGAAUUCCAUUUGUGUACAUCGUUAUAAAAUCUUGUAAUGAUAUAAGCAAAGCUUUAUUCA